AUGUCCGUCGUUCUGUACCACUGGCCUAUUAGCCCACCAUCGAGAACAGUUUUAGCUGUUUCUAAGGCCAUUUGGAUUGACGCCACGUGUUUGAAUAUCGGUGGCCACGUGAUCCCUACGUACCUGGUGUCUCGUUAUGGAAAGGAUGACUCCCUCUGUCCGAAGGAUUUGAAGAUGAGGGCACUGGUCGACCAGAGGCUGUAUUUCAACGCGACAGCACUCUUUCCUCGUAUAAAGAAUACGACCGAGUGUAUAACCGACUAUUACCAACGGCUGUACAGGUCAGAGCCCAAGAAUAACGAGGCAAUUACGACCAUGAAAAACUACCUUACAGCGACCCUCGACGAGACGGACAGACAACUAUUACUGAGUGAUGUCACUGAGGAAGAACUUCGGGAGGCUUUGAGGGAGGCCCAGGGUAAUAAAUCUGGUACUUACUCGAACAUUGCUUCCUGA